UACUUUUUUUUGGCUUCCUCUUUUUUUUUGUUAAAUUGCGCGUUUAAAAAAAAUUAUUUUUUUAACUUUAAAAUUGUGGGAAGACUUUUUAGUAUUUAUAAUUGUCCUUUAAAUUCUUUGCGUAUUUAUUUAAUCCUUGUUUAAAAAAAUUUUUUUAAUGUAAAAAAGGAAGCCUUUUUAAAUCUUUAAAUAUUUAAUUAAAGUAAAAAUUAAUUUUUUUAUUUUAAAUAUAUUUUAUAUUUUUGUUCAAUAAGUAUAGAUAUCCUUAUUAUAAGACAAAAUAGAUAUUAUAAGAAAAAAUUUUGUAAAGUCGCAACUCGUGUAGUGGCACCAGGGUUGUGCCGAAAUAAAAAUUCCCGACCCGAAAAACGUCGGGAAUUCCCGAUUUUCGUGAAUCGGAUUGGCAUUUUAAAAAGCGAAACAUGGAAGGCGAAUCACUAAUUGGGCGAACAUUCAGUGAAAACGAAAGGCGAAUUACACCUCUGACCCUUAGUAUUGAAAAUUGUCGACUAAACUUAGUUAUUUACCCAGAAUUGUCAUGAGUUGGGAAAAUAGUCGGAUUUUGCGUCGGAUCGGAUUUCAAAUAAUCCGUGAGACAUCCCUGUUGUGCACUAAAAGCAGACCACUAAAAGAGAGUUGCUACUUUGGUGUAGUGGGAUAAUGCUUAAUUUGAUGUGGAAGAAUGGAAGGAGUUCGAUCCCUUUUAAUGCUCCGUGUACUUAUUUACCUUUUUUAAAGUUAAAAUUUAUUUUUGUAGACAUCCCUCAGAUUUUGAAAAAAAAUUUUUUUUUCGGAAAAAUUAAAAAAAUUUCUUUUAAAGGUUUUGAUCACUUUAAUUAACCACUUACAACAAUGUCAUCUUCCUCUUCCUCAAAAAUUAUUCUUUACAAUGAAAAUCCAAAAGAAGCAUCAAAAACAACAACAAUUAUUAAUUCUUCCCCAAUUCAAUUAUCUAAUGGAUCUUUUGUUUGGCUUAACCAAUUAAAUUUUAAUUUGGCUGAUAAUAUGGAACAAUGUUUCCAAGCUUUAACAUCUGCUGGUCUUCCAAUUGCUCCCAAUCAGUCUUCUGAUUCCUUGCCUUGGUGUAAUGCUACUUGGGAUACUGUACUUUGUUGGCCAGCUACACAAGGAGGACAAUCAGUUACUUUGCAAUGUCCACCAUUAAAAGGGCUUGAUCCUUCUAAAACAAUAACUAAAUAUUGCCAUUCUUCGGGUAAUUGGAUGGGAAAAACAGAAAAUGAUUUUUCCCGUCCCCACGGCUGGACUAAUUUUACAAUGUGUUUUACUAGAGAAGUUGUAGCAAUAAUGCAACAAUUAGAUAAUGGAACUCUUUAUGAAGCUCAAGAAGUUGCUAAAAAUGCUAGAAAAUUGGAAUUUGUUGGAUUGGGUUUAUCUCUAAUUUCGUUGCUUUUUUGUGUUGCUAUAUUUACUAGUUUUCGGUAA